CUUCAAUAACCAAAGUUGUGUUCGUAUAAAUGAUUUUGGUUUCUCUAUUUCUUCCUCCUGUUUGCUGCCCAAAUUUUAAUCAAAGAAACUGAAGCAUUCUUAAUAUUAAAAUAAUAUAAGGUCUUAGGAAAAGAUAUCAUGGUCCCCAGAGCAAUAAAGAGGACUCUGCAAAAGACUCUCAUUAUUGAAUGACCUGCGUUCAUUCUGGUUUCACUAAACAUAUUGUAAAUAAGCUAGGUUGUAACAAUCGCUAUCUUUAAUUGUUUGGUCUUUCAAUGUAGGCCUCCCGUGGAGCUAAGAAGUCUCACUGCUCCAGCUAAUCUGGGAAGCAAAUAAACAAACAAGACAAGCAGGGGAAAGUGCCCUCAAAGAGAAAGUAUAGAAGAAUCUUUCUUUGGGUCGCCAACACUCUGUAAGUAGCAGAAUCAGGGAACCCUUCCAUGGAGAGACAUCAAACUCAUAGCACCUUUGAACACUGAACACUCAAAAAGACAGUCUGGGAAGCAAGGCAAUAUCUUAUCAUUCUUAGAAAGAGUUGACUUGGACAAAAGUUUCUGCUUCUUCCUAGCCGUCAUUCUUCACUAGAUUACAUUCUUUCUUUUGGUUGGACAGUACUUCUAAUUCAUGUUUAUCUACAAUUUUUAAUGGGAAAUCCAAACUCCAAAGUUGGCUAUUUGCUUCCGGAUAUCCACCUUUCUUCGCUACCCAGGAUGCAGUUUGAAACAGCUUUUGGUCUUCAUCAAUGGAGCUUCUGGUAGAGCCUAUCAUGGAGCUAGUAAAGUGUUUGGGGAGGUCAGCUUGCACCUGUCUAAAUUAUCACUUAAAUUUUGAUGAAGCUGUGAGUGAGCUGAGAAGAGAAUGGGGAGUUCUAAACAGUCGAAAAGAGGAUAUAAAUUCAAUAGUAAGGACUGAGGUUCUUUGGGGGAAAGAAGUAAAACAUGAAGUGCAAGAUUGGCUUGAACGUGUAGAAGAAAUCAGUAAAGAAGUGCAAGCCAUUCAAGAAAAGAUUCGGAGAGUAAAGUGGCACUCACGGGGUUGUCUUGGAAAACUUGUUUGCAAGAAAAUUAAGGUGAUGAAAAAAAUCCGUGAACAAGGUUGUUUUCCUGAUGGUCUCGUAGUUGAUAGACCUUCGACCUGUGGAGUCAUCAUGUCAAAUGAUAAUCCAGUGGGUGAAGAUUCUGCAAAAGAAAAAAUUUGGGGAUACUUGGUGGGAAAUGAAGUUAGAAAGAUUGGAGUUUGUGGGAUUGGUGGGGUUGGAAAGACUACCAUUAUGAAGCAUAUCAAUGAUGAACUGGUGAGGGAGGCUAAGUUCGAUAAAGUGAUUUGGGUCACUGUAUCUUACCCACUCGAUGUAAUUAAAUUACAAGAAAAUAUUGCUCGUGCUAUUGCUGGAGAUGAUAGACAGAGACUCCCUGGAGGUGAGGAUAAAGAGAGGCGGGCAGCUGAAUUAAAGAGUGUUAUGGGAAGAGUAAGGCAUGUGCUUAUCCUAGAUGAUGUCUGGGAAGUGUUUUCUCUGAUUGAAGUGGGAAUUCCAGAACCAGCAAUUCAGAAUGGAAGCAAAAUAAUCAUCACUAGUAGAUCCAUUGAUGUGUGCCAAAAUAUGGACUGUGAGAUAGUCAAAGUGGAGCCUCUUUCAUUUCAGGAGUCUUUUAACUUAUUCUUAGAUAAAGUUGGGCAACAUGUUCUGCAAAUACCAAGCUUAGAAGGAAUCUUGAAGCUCAUUGUGGAGGAGUGUGGUGGCUUACCGUUGGCCAUUGUUGUGAUAGCAGAAAGUAUGAAGGGAGAAGAUAAUAUUGAAGUGUGGAAUAAUGCCCUGACUGAAUUACAGAAACGAGUAAAGAGUGUGACUGAUUAUCCAUUUGGGAGAGAAGGGUUGGCAGAAGGGUGGAUUGAUGAAGGACUAAUUGAUGUGUUGCCUAGUAGAAAAGCAGCUUAUGAUAGGGGUCAUGCCUUUUUAAAUAGGCUAGUAAAGAAGUGCUUGUUAGAGAAAACUGUUGAUUGGCGUGGUGUUGAUGUUUUCAAGAUGCAUGAUGUAAUGAGAGACAUGGCUAUCAAAAGCAUUGGUCCUGAAUUGGGAUAUAUGGUAACAGCUGGAAUGAAAAUGACAGAGGUACCAGAUGAGCAUGGUUGGGGAAAUUAUCUUAAGAAGGUGUCUCUAGUGGGGAAUAACAUAUCAAAAAUUCCCCUUGAGUUGUCUCCAAAUUGUCCAACUCUUUCAACUUUGAUAUUGUCAAAUAAUUAUAAUUUGUCAGAGAUCCCAGAAUCCUUCUUUGAAGGAAUGCCUGAACUAAAGGUUCUUGAUCUUUCUGAAACUGGUAUUGAAGUUUUACCUAACUCCAUCUCAAACUUGGAGAAGCUCUCUUCCAUGAGGUUAAGGUGGUGUCAAAGGUUAAGGCAUUUGCCUUCUUUAGCAAAGCUUAGGGCAUUAAAGAAGUUGGAUUUGAAUCGUUCCAAGAUUGAGGUGGUCCCUCAAGGCAUGGAGAAAUUGAUUAGUCUGGAAUAUCUUGAUUUAAGUGAUUGUUACAGUCUAGUAGAGAUUCCAAUGGGAAUGUUAUCAAACCUUUCCAAUCUCCAAUACUUGUUAUUAGUUUCUGAAAAAUUGAAGAUAAAAGGAGAAGAGGUUGCAAGAUUAAGCAAGUUGGAGACCUUUGAAGGUGGAUUCAAUGAAAUACAAGGCUACAAUUAUUUUGUCAAGUCUCAAGAUUUCCAAAUUCUUAUUGAUUACGAUAUUGAAGUAGGAGAAGUACCCUCUACUUGGUCUACUGGCCAAGCUAAACCUACGGUUAGUAUUAAUAAUUGCGACUUGGGAGAAGAAUGUAUGGUGCUUCCAGAUAACAUUAAGAAUUUGAUGAUCUGGGAGUGUAAAAACAUGAGAAGCAGCUUAAAUAAAGUAGCUUUGUUAGAAAAGGCAACCGAGUUAAGAUCCUGUUAUAUUAGUAAAUGUGAAGAUAUGGAGUGCGUGCUUGACUUGGACUCAUCCUCCUGUCCAAUACUGGAUAAGCUUGAAGAGUUGAGUCUUGACAUAUUGCCUAAGUUGAGUGUACUUGUGAGAGUGGGAGGAGUAGCAACGCCACUGCACAUCUUUUCCAAUCUUAAAAUGCUUUGGAUUCGGGAAUGUUUAGGAAUGAGGAAGUUGCUUCCAGUUGAGCUGCUGCAGUCCUUCCAAAACUUAGAGCAGAUUGAUGUUGAUAGGUGCGAACAAAUGGAGGAGAUAAUAGCAUCAUCAGAUUUAGAUGCAUUAUCGAGUAAAUUCACUUUUCCCAAGUUAAGGACAUUGUUAUUAACUGAUUUACCUCAAUUGAAGAGCAUCUGCAAUGCCAAAGGAGUUAUGGUUUGUGAUUCUAUUGAAAAAAUUCAAAUAUCGAGAUGUCGGGAGUUAAAGAGGAUCCCAGUACAGCUUCCUCUACUUGAUAAUGGCCAACCAUCUCCUCUGCCUCGUCUUAAAGAAAUUUGGAUAGAUGAAGAUUCAAAAAAAUGGAUUUCAAUUUCAGUAGUUGGCAAUUGGCAAGAAGAGUCCCAGGCUCCUGUCUCCAAUGAACUCCGAGUGCUCCUAAAUGCACCUACUUGUGCUGAUGAAGGUGAAGCAGUUGAAGAAGGGGGCAUUAAGGAUGACGCUCAUGGUGUUAAUUUUAAGACAGUUUCCAAUGUUGAAGGGCAACAGGAAAAGGAGUGUGGGAGAGAAGUUAAACCAAUAUCCAUGCUUCGUACCUUUUAGAGAGUACUGCUUUGCAUUAUAUAACUGCUCUUCCAGAUUUUUUGUUGCUUGUCAUUAGAAAUUCAGGGUUUCGAAAUGAGGUUACCUUCAAAGCGUCUAAAAUGAGCAAAGAUAUAAUGAUGCUGGUAGUGAUUCUGAAAAUGAACAACCCGAUGAUGGUGUGACAAAAUGGGGAAGAGGAAGAUGCAAGUCUUGUAGAGGUACAUGUUUUGUUAUUACAUUUCUUGUUCCAUUUUGGUAAUUCCAAAAUCUACUGCAGAUUUUCUAAGAUGACUUGUUUCUGUUAGCAUUUUUGGUGGCUGCUCUCUAUUUGUUUAGAAGAGAUUUCUUAUUUUCUUAAAUGCGUUCCUUCUGGAUAUGGUUAUUUUUGUUCAGAUUUUUGAGAAUUCAAUAGUUGGUUCUAAUAAAUUUAUUAAGUUUUU